CAUCAACAUUCGAGCUUUUGCCAGCCAGCGACCAUCAUGAUCGUCCAGGCGACGUCCGUGCUCCAUGUCCUCUGGAUCCUCUGCAACUCGGCGGUCUUCAACCUCUACCAGCUCGCCAUCUACGUGACCAUCCGGCCCUUCAACCGCGCGCUGUACCGCAAGGUCAUGGGGGCGCAGUGCCAGCAGGCGUGGGUCGACGUGCUCUCGUGCAGCUUUCCCAAGGCCAACAUCGUCGCCACCGGCGACAUCCCGACCGACAUUGCCAAGCCCAUGAUCAUCCUCGCCAACCACCAAGUCGACGCCGACUGGUGGUACCUCUGGCAGAUGGCGCGGCUUCAAGGCGCGGCUGGGAACGUCAAGAUCACGCUCAAGGGCGAGCUCAAGCACGUCCCGAUCAUUGGCUGGGGCAUGCAGUUCUUUGAGUUUCUCUUCUUGAAGCGCAACAUUGAGCACGACCGGCUGCACGUCCAAGAGUACAUGCAGAGCUUUCUCCAAGACAAAUUUCCGUUUUGGAUGAUCAUCUUCCCCGAAGGCACGACUAUCCACACGGAAUAUGUGGCCAAAUCCAAGGCCUUUGCGGCAAAAACGAACCGGCCGACAUUCGAGCACCUCUUGCUGCCGCGCUCGACCGGGCUCCAGAUCAUGAUGGACGCCUUCUCGUCCGACGACACGCAGACCAAGCCCGAUAUUUACGACCUCACGAUGGCAUACCCCUCGUACAGCGGCGAAGUCCCAACCUUUGCCAUGGGCUAUGGCCGCAACGUCGACUCGGACAUCCCGUCGAUGAAGUCGCUCGUCGCUGGGAGCGGCCCCGACGACGUGUUUGUGCACGGCCAGAAAUUCUCGUUUGAGGAUGUCCAGUCGCUCGGUGUCGAAGCCUUCCUCGAUCGGCAGUGGCGCGCCAAGGACAAGCUCCUCACUGAGUUUAUUGCCAACCAGAGCUUUGUGUCGCACGCUGAUACCCGCCACGUGAUUGCUCCCUGUUCGUCGAUGACGGCGAUUUGCCGGCUCUGGGGCGCGGCCUUGGUCUCGUUCUUCCUCUUGCCGCUGCUGCUCAUCACGGUCGUCCCAUGCUAUGCGCUCACGGUGCUCUACGCGGGUGUCAUGAACUCGUGGGACCGUCGGCCGACUGCGUUCUGGCCGUACCUCCUCAACGCCGUCUCGGAGAAGAAGUCGGCGUGGAAGAUCAAGCGCGCGUGAUUUUGUUAUCAAUGCUCGCAAUCCACGUGCUUGUUGUAUAUACACUGUGAGCUUCGUCGUCA